GCGUCUGUGGGUCACACCUUGUCCAACCACAUGUCUGUAGACGUUCGCUCUGCACGUGCUUGAGAUGACGCUUGGCGGUUUAGGAUCAGAAUAUUGACAUCUAUAACACAAUGAAGAAGGUUUUUACCGCAGAGCAAAUAUCGGACUGGUUCACGUCUGGAGCCACAUUUGCUAACGUUAAAAUUACAGAUGAAGUCACUGAAGUGAAGUUGCCCACUCAAGAAAAUUGUGGGAAGCCGUCAGAGACGACAGAGACAGCCCCCAGAGAUUGUCCUACAAAUUGUGACGGUAAAGGGACUACAGCAACCUCAAAAAGUAAGGCACAAAGUUCUCCCAUACAAGAGACUCAAAAAAGUAGCACACCACCUACACUGACCAGCUAUGAGUACCCCAGCCUGCCAAUCACCAAAAACAGACAGAAGCUUAUAUCCCUUAUAGAAAACAAUUCUGUUGUGAUCAUUCGAGGAGCCACGGGCAGCGGUAAGACCACCCAGGUGCCACAGUACAUUUUGGACCAUUACAACAAGAAGAGCGCUCCAUGCAACAUUGUGGUCACACAGCCUCGGAAAAUUGGGGCCACAAGUAUUGCCCGAUGGGUUGCUUCACAGAGGAAGUGCGCCUUAGGCAGUCUAGUUGGAUAUCAGGUGGGAUUAAAGAAGAUGGCCACAGAACACACUAGUCUGAUCUACAUGACCACUGGAGUGCUGCUCCAAAAGCUGGUUAGAGCAAAGUGUCUCACAGAGUACACUCACAUCUUUGUGGAUGAGGUUCAUGAGCGCACUGAGGAAAUGGACUUUCUCCUCCUGAUUUUGAGAAAACUCCUCCACUCAAACUCUCGUUAUGUAAAGAUCAUCCUCAUGUCUGCCACUAUCAACUGCGGACAGUUUGCUGAAUACUUUAGCACCUCUGUCCGGGGAAAAAUAAAUCCAGCCUAUGUGUUUGAGGUAGAGGGUGCUCCAUAUACUAUUGACGAGUUUUAUUUGGAAGACCUCCAGCACCUAUUUCCUUAUAGAACCAAGCUCCCUCAACCAGAUGAUCCUUUCAUUUCUGUGGACAUGUACAACAUUGCUGUCAGCCUCAUUCAGAGUUUUGAUGAAGUGGAGGGUAAAGAUUGCAGUCUAGGGGACUCCAGAGAAACCUCCUCAGAGCGAGGCAGUGUGCUGGUUUUCCUCCCUGGAUUACAUGAGAUAUGCUACAUGCAGGAGGCCUUGUCCAAGUUUGUCCAUAAAAGACUGCAGGUGUAUCCACUGCACUCCACUGUGACCCUGGAGGAACAGAAUGGGGUGUUUUUGCCCCCUGUACCUGGAUACAGGAAGGUCAUUUUGUCUACAAAUAUCGCAGAGAGUUCAGUCACAGUUCCAGAUGUCAAAUAUGUCAUUGACUUCUGUCUGGCACGUCACCUAGUCUGUGAUCCAGACACUAAUUACCAGUCCUUGCAACUGACCUGGGCAUCCAAAAUCAACAGCAGUCAGCGAAAAGGCAGAGCUGGGCGAGUGUCAAAAGGAUUCUGCUACCGCCUGGUGACUCGCGACUUCUGGAAGAAUGAGAUUCCUGAUUACAUGAUUCCAGAGAUGCUGCUUGCCCCCUUGGGCACUAUAUUGUUGAAGGUGAAGCUCCUGGACAUGGGUGAUCCCUGCUCGGUUCUGUCCACAGCUCUCUCACCUCCAAACCAUGAUGACAUCGUGAAGACUGUACUGCAGCUUAAGGAGAUGGGAGCACUGUCAACCAUCAAUGAGACCUGCUUUCAGAAUGAAGAUGGGGAGCUGACCUUUUUGGGUCGAGUACUGGCUCAUCUGCCUGUAGACUUGUACCUGGGAAAAAUGAUUGUUCUGGGGCAUGUCUUCGGAUGUCUGGAAGAGUGUCUCAUCAUUGCUGCCUCACAGUCUAUGAAAAGCUUCUUUGCCAUACCGUCCAUGCAACAACUCGCUGGCCACAGAAGUAAGUUGUCUUUUGCGCGAGGCACACCAAGUGAUUCCAUUGCAUUUGUUAAUGCCUUCAAGGCUUGGUAUUCUUCCAAAAAGAAAGGACAACUUAGACACCCAAAGGAUGAGUUGGACUGGGGAAAGGAGAACUUCAUACAGAUUAAAAGAAUCAGAGAGGUGGCAGAGCUGUUUGAAGACCUGAAGACGCGUGUGUCACAGUUCAACAUGCACAUCCCUGAGAGCAGCCAGCCCCUGGAUUACACCAGCACACACCAGCAGAAGUUCAUUCUAGAGGUGGUCAUUGCUGGAGCAUACUAUCCCAACUACUUUGUUCAGGGAGAAGUCGAUGAAUACCUUGCCUCAAGAGAGCUGAGCAAUCUUAGCCCCAGAACAACUGUAGUGGUGAGGAAUCUUCCCCCAUACAGUUUUCUCUACUACAAACAACUGCAGUCCCUCUUCCGUCUGUGUGGCCUGGUCAAAGCCAUUUCUUUUGACAACUCCAGGGCAUAUGUUGAGUUCACCAGGCAUCCUCAGGACUCUGGAGUGCUCCCUAGUGUGUCCCUAGCCCUCCUCCUAUGCCAGCAGAGUCCUGCCCUUCAGCUGUCUGUGUACCCCAUUGACCAGAUCGAAAUGUGUGCAGGGCAUAGGAACGUCACUCGCCUCAAACAUGGACGUGUGAGUGUGGACUUCCAGACCCAAAGCGUGUCCCCCAUAGGACUCAUAAGUGGUGAAAUUGACCCUGAAAAGCUUCCUUCAAACCAAAUGUUUGUUGUCAACAUCACUGAGGUGGUGGAGGUGGGUCACUUCUGGGGGUUCUGUGCAGAUGAAGCCAGCAUGGAGAAGCAGCAUCACAUGACUUCAGAGAUAAACCGUCGUCCUCUCCAGCCGUUGUCAGUGUCUCUAUACUCCAACCUUGUUUGUCUGGCCCCAUAUUCUGAGGUCAAUGACCAGAGUAUGUACUACCGCGCCAAGGUCCUGCACAUGCGUGGAAACACUGUGGAGGUGUUCUUCUUGGACUUUGGAAACACAUUGGUGGUUCCUUGCAGCAGCCUCAGAGAGUUGCCCCUGGACCUUCUUUCUGAACCAUUUCAGGCCCAAGAAUUCCAGAUCAUGGGAAUGCGUCCCUCCGCACAGUCCAUAAUUCUAGGCAAUCCAUGGAGCAGCAGAUCCCGACAUCGCUUUGCCACUUUGGUGAAGGGCCACUCCUUAAUUGUGUCCCUCUACUCCAUCCUCCAUGGAGUGAUGAGAGUGGAACUGCUCAUCAGCACAGACACCUUACAGUCCAGUAUCCGAGACAUUCUGGUGAAGGAAGGACAUGCCGAGAAGGCUGAUGAGAGCUUUGAGUCCAAGCAAAAUCAUGAGGUGCUCAUGUCUGUGUACAAGGACAUGAAGGAUGGAACUUAUGUGAGCAACUCCAUCGGUACAUCAUGGCAAGAGCGCAAACAAGAGGAGCAGGAAGUUAUCAACAAUCUCCUGGAACACUUCAGCAAGGCCCACCUGAAUUUCUCCAAGACAAAGGUGCAUUUGCAUGGACCAUAUAGCCCCAAUAAGAUCUCUUUCAAGAGCCUAAACCAUAGGAUUUUGUACAAGACGGUUACCAUAGAGAGGACUAGUAUGAAUUCUUUGGCCAUAAAUGAAAAUCCUCACUACAAACACCAGAGGAUGCUGGUGGCUGGAACAGUCUCUGUCAACUCUACUGGUACUCGUAUUCUUCUGAAAGAAACUACCUUGAUGCCUGACAUCCCUGGUCUGCCUGUGCUCAUCACUAUGCUCUUCACUCCUGUCAUGGAACUUCGGACCAACGAGGAGCGCACAGCAUACACUGGGGCUCUGUGCGGCCUGGGAUGGAACAGCAACACACAGGAAGGCGUCCUUCCGGAGCACGACAUCGAGCUGGCCUUUGAUGUCAAGUUUGACGUGGAAGAUAUCACUGAGAUCAAUGCUCUCCGACUGGCAGUGAAUCAACUGGUAUGUGAGGGGCCAAGUGGGACACUUCAUCUUGGCUCUGACCAGACUGCCCAGCUACAAGAUGACUGCAGGGAGCGACUGAUCAGACUAUUCAGUAAAUACCCAGCACGAGAGGUCACCCCUCCGAUGUAUUACAGUCCGAAGGAAAAAUGGAACCAGGUGGAUCCGUCUCUCAAAAUGGAUAUAGUCCAACCUGAGUCUGAGAAAUCCAGAGGAGUCUUGUUCCACCUUCAUCCCGUUACACUGUUGAACACUUGAAAGUUUUCCUGCUAAAUUUGGACGAUGUUAGUCAUCUCUAGUUUUGUGUAUUAUUAGUUUAUUUUUACAGUCUAUAAAUAUAUAAUUGUUUGUUUUAUAGCACAUUUAAAUAUUUGAUCUUUUCCUGUUGAGGUUAUAUAAGAAAGAAUACCUGUUGUUGAUAAGCAUCUUAUUAAAAGUUGGUUGCAAUUGUUUAUUUUGUAGCACUUUUUAGUAAGAUAUCUGCUGGGGCAAGCCAAACUUUGAGUCACUAAACAUGACUUUCUUUCAUGCAUAAACAAAACUAAAAUCUUGCCC